AUGCAUGCGACCCGAAUCCAAGUGCCGACGUAUGAACAACACAUGGCAACCAAUAUGUAUUCACAUUACUACAGGGAACCAGAUUUGGAGCACAGAAGAGCAAGCUUGAGAUUAAAACCUAAAGAUGCCAUCCAUAAUGAGAGACAACAACGACAGAAGCAUAAUCGAGCGAGGAAUGUUAUAAAAUCAACGUUUGAAAGCCAUCAUGCAAGAACUACCAAGAUUCAAAAUGACUUAUCAAGUAGUGACCGAGAUCAUUUGCAUGUUAAUCUUGAUAGAAACGCUAAACGUAUUCAAAACCAUAAUAAGAUGUUUAUGAAAGCAAAUGAUCGGGGAAGAGCCGGUUGGCCGAAAUUGAAAAAAAACUUUAAUGGAUUAAAAAGUCGUCGAAAUGUCGCACGUUCAACCCAAAUGACACCGGUCCAACUGCUGCAACAUGCUUCUUUUGAAGAUUCAACGGACACGAAUUUAACCAAAGGAAUAACAUCACAAAAGCUCAGUCCUUACACAAUAAAGCAACAAAUCUUAGAAAUUAUGUCCGCUUUUCCAAAUGCAAAUGUAACUUAUGAAGUGAUAGGACGUACAGCCUCGUACAAUGAUAUUCUGUUGCUGAAAGUAACUGAACUAAAAAGAGACAUAACAAGAUAUUUUAGAGCAAAUAAAAACAAGUAUGUCGAUGAAAUACCCGAGAAGAAAGUGUUAUUCAUUGUACACGGAUUAAACAUUCUGGGAAUUAAUAAUGUGCGGUGCUUAAUUAAUACUAAAGCUUUGGCUAUUUUGCUAUCGUAUUACUUUGAGCACUUGGAUAAGUUUGAUAUAUUUUUCAUUCCUCUGGCCAAUCCGGAUGGAUAUACAUUUUUAGGUAAUUCCCAGCACAUUUGGAAUAAAAACAUAGCACCACAAAACGACUGUCCUGGUGUCUUUCUGGACAGAAACUUCGACGUAGCCUGGAAUGUUUCUAGCAUAAACUCUUGCAGUCAGCUUUACCCUGGAGAACAACCAUUUUCAGAGGUGGAAACCAGAGCUAUUCGUGGUAUCUUACAUCGUUAUAGCCACAAGAUUAUAGCUUAUUUCAAUGUACAUGUCGGAUCAAUUAACCACAGAGUGAUUAAGGGGGAUGCAGUGUUGUAUCCAAACGGUUAUACCGACGUGCAAAUAGAUGAUGACAAAUACUUCGAUCUGAAAGCAGAAAUAGAAGAAGCAAUGAAGAAUUCAAGUUUUCAAAAUGCUGCUGUCCAAGUUGAAACUUUGCAGAAUUGGUAUGGAAAGAUUUCGGGUACCAGUGUCGAUUAUGCUUCCACGAUAUACGGCAUCCCAUUUGCAAUGGAACUAGUAAUGCAAACGUAUGCAAAUGGUCAGCCUAAAGAGAAACCCAGCACGCAAACACUUGCUUUGAGCGAAAUAUGGAAAAGAGUUAUAGACACAACGUUUAAUUUUAUUUCGAGAAGAACAAACAACACUGAAAUGGAAUAA